AUGGCGUCAGUCAAAGACUUUGCCGACAUGAAGGCUAGAGUUUUGACGGUCAUGGCCACGCGAUCUCAAGACCAGGAAAAGGUUGAGAAGACAGCAAGAAUGUAUCCGAUUCAUUCGAGUCAUGAUCCUUUGGAUCCACAGUCAAGAUACGUUGUUCCAGCUUUUGGUUGGCAUCCAUGGUUUUCCCACCAAUUGUUUGAUGACCGAGACAAACAAUGUCAACCAGACCCAGUGGAACACUAUAAGUCUGUCCUCGUUCCUGCUCCAGAAGAUGAGGACUUUCUGAGAACUCUGCCUGCUCCUUACUCGCUUCAGGAGUUCUUACAGCAGACCGAAGCAAGACUCAAUGAGUUUCCAUUUUCCCUGGUCGGUGAGGUAGGCCUGGAUCGCUCGUUCCGACUGCCUGAGGGCCCAAGUGCCGUGACUGGCGAUAUGAGCAGCAAAACAGGAGGAUCCGAAGGAGAGUAUACUCCAGGAUCCCGUGAGGGGAGACCUUUGACGCCAUACCGGGUGAACAUGGAUCACCAGAAAAUCGUGCUGAAAGCUCAAUUUGAACUCGCCGCAAAGCUGAGGCGACCCGUUUCUGUCCACAGCGUACAGGCCCAUGGUUUGGUGUUCGAACUGAUGCAAAGUAUGUGGAAAGGCCACGAGAAACCAUCGAAGCGCGAAAGAAAGAAGAAAGCUGAUAUCACUAAUGCUCACGCAUCGGAAGACAAAGACAACGAUGGACCUGAAAUCAAGCAGAUUCUACCGUUCCCGCCACGGAUAUGCAUGCAUUCUUACUCUGGUCCACCAGAUGCCCUCAAACAAUAUCUCAACCAUACCGUUCCUGCUGAGAUUUACUUUUCCUUCUCGACGGCCAUCAAUUUCUCAAGUGCAUCCUCGGCAAAGGUCAUUAGCGUCAUCAAGGCCGUACCAGACGAUAGGAUCCUGAUCGAGAGUGAUCUCCACUGUGCUGGAGAGACAAUGGACAAAUUACUGAAGGAGAUCGUGCACAAAGUGUGUGUUAUCAAGGAAUGGUCCCUUGAGGAAGGCGCUCAAAAGCUCAAACGGAACUGGAUCAAAUUCGUGUUCGGCUGA